CCACUCUGAGGUGAACUCACCCAGUCUACCAGGCUCAACAAUAUGCAUCGUGGAUUACUUGGCAUUGGCUUUUUACAUAGACUCGUAACCGUCACAGUGUCGAAAAUGUUAUUUUAGUGGCAAAAGGAAUCAUUUUAAAGCAUAUGAGGAAAAAAUACUUGGGAUAUAUUUUUCAAAAGUGAAGCAAGAAGGUAUUUACCGUCAUGGGGAACUCUGAGAGUGUUUGGUGGAAUGUGGUGGAGUGCGCCUGCAGGAUCCUUGGUGUUUCCACAGCUACAGUGUUGUGCGGUGUGGGAGUGGAGACACUACAGCAGGGAGAAUUCAGCAGCCUCGGCAUUUACCUUCUGGUGUCGUCUGUUGGCAUCAUGAUGUUAGAGAUGGCCUAUUUCCUGGAUGCUCUCCUGUUGAUGUGUCUGCCCUGUCCACCAGACUGGCAGUUAUUUAUGUUGUGGGGGAAAAUGUCUCGCAUUGGAGGCUUCCAUAAGUUCCUCUAUUACUCCAUCAUGUCAGUCGUCUGUUUCCUGCACCCUGUUUUGGUCUGGCAUGCAGUUAUACCAGGGACAAUGCUGCUUCUGACAGCCUUUUUCAACUUCAUACUUAGCAAGAAAAAAAAGUCUAAGUCUCCCAAGGGUUCACAGGAGAGCUACAGUGACCAAAGCGUGACCACAGUCUGUGUGACAGAGAGAUCAGGCGUGGACAACUCUUUCUCCUUCUUCCACAUGGUGACAGGAAGGCGAGGGCCCGGGCUGACCCUCACAUCCACAGAUCGCUGCCUGGGUCUGGCUGAGAGAGGAGAGAGCAUUCAGUCCAUGCUGGAGCUGGAGCAGACGACAGCAAAUAAAGAAAUGGACAGAGAGCGAAGGAAGAAAAAAGAAAGGAAACCAAUGUUCUUCAGGGGAAGGGAGGAGCCUGUGGAGAGAGAGAUGGAGGAGAUGGACGGGUCCGGGGAACCAGAACCAGAGACCACUUCAGACACUGCACCUAUGAUCGCUGACUGAUAUUCAGACUGGGCUGCUCAUAUUCACAACACAGAGUAAACAUGUAUAAGAAAAAAGUGCAUGGUAAAGGCUGCACAAGGUUAGAAGGCUUAAAAAAACAGUAAGUAAAUGCAAAAAGUGAAGUGUUCAUCCAGGACUGGGUCUCAUGAAAAUUAAAAACCUCAAUUUAUGUCCAAAAAUUGGUAUGACUAGUUGAGGCUGCAUUUUUUUCUGGGAUUUGUGGCCUGAAAUGAUUGUCCAGUCAAACAGCCUAUCCAGGCAAAAGAAGAAUUUGUAUUAUUUUUUUAAGUCUCUUGAAAUAAUUUAUACUGAAAUAAUAUGUAUUAAUGUGAUUACAAAAACAAUACAAGUAAAGCUUAAGCCUUUUUGUUAAAUUUCACCUUUAAAAUAAAACUAGGUUUAACUGUAGCACCUAAUAGGCAGACUAAAAUGUGUAAUUUGAAGAAAUUAAAGUAUUUGCAUCUAUGUAGGUGGCUUUUAGCAUGAUUGCUUGUUUUUUGCAAAACCACCAUUGAUUGCAAAGCAGACAUGAAUGGCUAGCUAUCCAAUCCAGUUAGCAGAACAUACAUUAUUCAUAAGGUAAUAAAUUAGAUCAGUUGUUUCAUUCAUGUCAGACGAAAUUCAUGCAGCACAAAGAGUGUGGAUGUGACUAAGAGUAGAAGGCAUUAAAGCUUUUGCAGGUGCAUGUGUUAGCCA